AUGGAACCCUCAGAAACUCUGGCCAUUGAAAGCUUCUCUCGCAGUUGGUUGACCAGUGUCAAUUCCUCCUUGCAUGGUCUUGAGACUCCCCUCAGGGCAUCUCUUGACUGUUCCCAUGAAGCCAUCUCCGAAGAAUUAGAUUACAGGAUGCCUGAGUCAAGAAGAUCGCUGGAAGAAGACCAAAACUUCAAUUUCGAUUUUCCCAUUUCCCAAUCCCCUGAUGCUCUUCUUCAUGCUGACCAGCUUUUCUCUGACGGCCUCAUCAGACCAAUUUUUAUCAACCAAUCAAAGAUAGAGGCCUCCAGUUCCCUGAAUUUAGCUCCUACCGUGCCUUCUUCUUUUUCUUCAGGAACUGUUUCAGCUGUUCAGAUUCUUUGUCGUUUCCUUGGAAGAUGGAGGCGAAUCUUGCCGAACUGUUUUGGAUAUGUUAGACCUUUUUCCCACAGAUUAAGAGGCUCGAGAAUAAUCACAAGAGUUGAUAAUGUUGAGAGGAUAGCAUGGGGAGUUAAGAGCCAGAGCAAUUCACGGGAAGCAUCUCCAAGAAGAAGAACAGCUUAUUCACUUGAUGGUUGCUAUGAUAGCGAGAGCUCAAUUCAUGAGGCAGUUCUUCAUUGCAAAAGAUCAAUGCGUAUGUAA